AUGCCACCUGGGAAUCGGAUUUUCACUACUAUUGAUGUGAAUUACGGGCGCGAAGCGCUUCAACUGGCUCGUCGUUGGGAAAAAACUGUCCUCCGACAGGCCUCGACCUAUGCACAGCUCCAUUUCCUUCACAGAUGCCUUGCCAACUAUGUUAUGCCAAAAUGCCUCUCCUACAAGCCUCCAGUCAACACGGAAUUGGCUAAACAAACGGUGUUCCGCCAUAGUCGGCGAAUGACAAGGGUACUCAUACAAGAUUGUCACCUACGACUUAAGAAAUACGCACACAGUGCUGAAAACUACCGGAUGCUUGUUACACGCCGGUGUGGGGAAUCGACUGCCGCCUCAUUGGAGAACACAUUACUAGCAUUGGGACGAAAGAAACGUGCUAACAGAGAUGCGGAUUUAUCGAUAAAGUUCAUGACACUGCAGACCGCACAAGACCAGGAAACCGAACAAACGAUAGUACAUAACCUCUCGUCAAAACAACUUACUGUGACCCAAACAAAAGUUCUACAACGUGGAUCUGGUUUUAACACAACUGACGCCGACCCGGUCACCUUCAUUGCUUCUUUCGAAUCAGUGCUUCGUCAAACCGGCGCCACAGACGAGGUAAAGGACCUCCUUCGACAUCAAGUCUCUUCACUUCUCAUGUCGCACCGAAAAACCCAUGCCCUGCUAAGAGAUGAACAAAAGGCCCUAAGGGAGCUGAAAGCGGACACCGAAAUAGUUAUUCUCCCUGCUGACAAAGGCCGGUCAACCGUCAUCCUCGACAAGGUGGACUACCGACGCAAAGCCCUCCUGCUCCUCAACGAUCGAGAGUCCUACAAAGUCAGCGACGCCGCCAGUCAAAAGUCCCUAGUGGCAAAGGUUAACAGAACUCUGGCUCGACUAAAAAAGGACAAGGUCAUCACCGUCAAAGACUGGUAUAUGGCAAAGCCCGCAGAAACCGCUAUGGCGAGAUUCUAUGGUCUCCCAAAAAUACACAAGCCAGAUGUUCCCCUCCGUCCUAUCGUCUCGCUCCGAGGCACACCCACAUACGGGCUUGCAAGUUGGCUAUUUCAGAAGCUAAGAUUCCUAACUGCAGGCUCACAAACAACGGUGCACCCAGCAGAACAAUUCCUUGACAAAAUAAGGGCAGUCACGAUCGAACCGAAUGAAAGGAUGGUGUCUUUUGACGUCGUCUCACUCUUCACGUCCAUACCACAGACCCUUGCGGUCGAAACGCUCAGUGACCUGCUACGUCAAAAUUACGACGGAGGCGAUGGCCAGCCCACAGCUCAGGAUCUCAUAGAACUCAUGGGGCACUGCCUCAAGACAUUCUUUACCUUUGAAGGGACCACAUACGAGCAGAUCAAGGGCACUCCAAUGGGUUCACCAAUCUCCGGACUCAUUGCCGAGGCGGUUCUACAAAAACUCGAGAGACGACUAUUCGAGGAGUACAAACCCAAGUUUUGGGCACGCUACGUUGAUGACACCUUCGUGAUCAUAGACCAGGAUAAAAUCAACUACUAUGCGGAAGUACUGAACUCAAUCAUGCCCGAUCUACAGUUCACGAUGGAAGAGGAAGUCGAGGACAAACUUCCAUUCUUGGAUGUUCUCGUCUGCGGCCAACCAAAUGGCGAACUAGCGACGUCGGUCUACAGAAAACCGACGAACACGCUGCAAAUUCUCAGCUACAACAGCAACCACCCGCCACAACACAAACGAAGCUGUGUCCGCACGCUGUACCGACGGGUAGAAACUCAUUGCAGCACGCCAGCCGCCAAACUGAAUGAGAUAAAGCUACUCCGCGAACUUUUCAGAGCCAAUGGCUAUCCACGGGCAUUCAUUGAACGAAGCCGGAGGCAGCCAAAGAAACGGAACGAGGAGCACAGUCAGCCAAACUCGUGGCGGAGCAUUCCGUACAUUAAAGGGGUCUCCGAAGUCGUGGCUCGAUCACUCGCGCCACUCGGACUAGGUGUUGCCCACAGGCCUGACUCAACAAUCCGCCGGCAAGUGAUGCGGCCGAAAGAUCCGAUCCCUAAGCAGGAGAUGUCGGCCGUUGUCUACCGACUCCAAUGCAGCUGCGGAAGUUGCGACUACGUUGGGGAAACCGGCCGACGGCUGCAAACGCGAAUGCACGAGCAUAAGUUGGCCGUGCGAAGGUUGGACCCAAAGUCGGAGGUAGCAACCCAUGCCGCGCAAAUGUGACACAUCUUCAACUUUGACGCCGUUGAGAUUGUGGGCCGGGGCGGCGAUCACACAGCAAGGCAAGUGCAAGAAGCCUGGAUGUCCACCGACCGCUCUGUCAACCGCCACAUCAAUUUGCCUCCCCCUUAUCUGACUUUACGAACCUUCUUAGCGGGGGACAGUCACGGCGCGGGACAAUCGGGGCCGUCAGUCAUCACCGCGGCCGACGGGGGCGAUUCAGGUCACGGUGACAUGCGGGUUGGAUGCAGCCACACAGACGGCAUUGGCGGAUCACGCAUUGGACAAAGGGCGCCAUAAUAAGGAGUGCUGUGCACAGGACCUCUCAGUCCCUGAAGAUGGGUAGACGAGUAAACUACCCGAAACGUCGGAUCUCAAAUAAACCCCUCCCGGUGAACGCCCACUCUUCUUUUGAGGUAGAGUCUAUUUAGUACGGUUAAUGCACCAGUGUCGUGCAAAUGGAAUCGCUUGAUCCAGCAGUCAAAACACAUCUAGCUGCCUUCUGAUGUAGUACCGCAGCCUCCAGUUAAACAGAACACGAUAUCUACCUGUGCGAAAGUGGACCGGCAGGUGUAAUUGGACUUUUCGGUACUUCUUCUUCUGCUCUCUUCAACCACUUUGGCAAGUAUGCUGCAUAUGGCAUGUGAGCUAACAAAUGCAGACAGAGGUGGCGUGCAUGAAAAAGCCCCCUAUACCUAGCUUGCCUGAGAUAGUGGUUGUGAUAAUUAAGAACAUUGGGGCAUAACUGUGCAUGUUCGUUUGGUCAUGCUAUGGGGCCUUUUCUUGCUAGUAGUGUGGAUGUUAUCACUUCCGAAAAGGUUUUGGCAGUGAAGACCAGGAAAUUGGAAUUACUAUUUCUGACAGUAGACUCGCGUCAUGUGGACUGAGAUCGCCAGUAUUUAGGCAAUGGAAACGAUAUGCAUCUAUGUAUCCUGACUGUAGGAUGGAAUUAAAUGAAAGGCAAAUACACACUGUUUUUUCUAAGACAGCCUGUUCAGUUGUUUUCGUUUCUCCAAUGCGGCCUCAUUUCCUAUGUUGCAUACUCCCUGGGAUGAAUCUUAGUAAAGUGUUUUAAUCUCUAUACCCUUCUUGAUUAACAGUUUUUACCCCAUUCAAAUGCGCUCUGAGCAAAGAAUGUUUUAGGUAACAAAGUGGGCUGAAACCUAAAACGCGGCCACACUGGUAAACCGGAGAACCCUAAACCUUAACUCUAAAUGAUAGCUCUAACCCUAACCCUAACCUCCAGCCCUAAAUCUUAACCUGAAACCCUAACUCUAGGCCUUAACUAUAAACCCUAACUCUAAAUCCUAAUCUGAGGAAAAUAAACUGCUCACUGGAUCGAGGGACUUGCAGGGCUGACGUUUCGAAGAUCUGGGGCGGCUCUCCAUUAUCAAAGCCGCCCCAGCUCUUCGAAACGUCAGCCCUGCAAGUCCCUCGAUCCGGUGAGCAGUUCAUUUUCCUCAGAUUUUCAACCCGGAUCUCUUACUUUUGCUAACCUGAUCUACACCCUAGCUCCAGACCUUAACUUAAAACCCUAACCAUAGCCGCGUUUCAAGCCCCAUGCCACAAAAUGUUAUCUACAAUAUUAGACAACUGUCCCCCAAUGCAUGGACCUCUUUCUGUUUACCAAGAAGUUCCCAUAAGUUGGAGUCAGUUUUUAUCUCUCUGAACAAUAGCAGAACCACUGCAUUAUCCUCAAUAUUGCCAGUCAAUACCACUCAAAGGACGCAACUUUCUGUGUCCUCUCGACUUCUGCUUGUUGCUACCUGUCGCCCUACUGAAAAAAACAUUGAGGAGGACGCAAGAAUUAUAUCGCAAAACAUUCACGAGUUAGCAGGGGCGAAGGAAAUCCAGUCAUAAGUAUGGAAGGGGUCGUCGUUAAGCGGUCCGUUGUGGUGCUUUCAGUCCGGAGCUCCGACGCAAAUUAAGAUCAUCCGACUCCUGAUGGGGGAAGACUGAGUCUGAUUUCAAGACUAAAGGCCAGAGCGUAGGAUUUUAAUGCAGUUUAGCUGAGGCACAAGUAAGUGGCAUUCGCUUCCUGCCACUGCAAUAGGGCUUCCUUCUGACGGAAUAAAGCCAGAGGUGACCAUUAUAUGCUCACAGGGCGAAUAGUGUAGUUACUCAGAACGUUGUAGAACGUCAUAUGGAAGAGGCUGCAUCCUGAUAAUUCUUUGUGCACGUCUGAGCACUUCGGGUUGUUAGGGGCACGUUUGUUACUACAAAUGAGCGCCUGUUACGCGACUGUUUGCUGUACACCUCAAAUAGUUAGUUACUGCUCAGACCGGCGUAGCUGUACAGUAGGUGGGCUAACUCAUGAAAUGUCAACCGAAAUUUCGAAAUGCGUUCUCGUUUCGAAAAGAUUAAUCAAGUAGGGUUGUAAAACUAAUGAUCGUGCAGCAUAAUUCUAUAGUGAAUCAGUUACCUCAGGGUGUCGGCUUUCGAAAGAACUUAUUUACGACUGCAUGCAAGAACUAUGCUCCGCAAUUUUCUCAUUGACUUUCGAUUCCCUUGAAAAUUCAAUUAUAUUUCAUAGGAAACAUGCAUAAAAAUAUUUACUCUUUUACCUAUUCGGUAGGAAAUCACAUCCUCUUCCAAUCUUUUGCUCGAAGGUCUACAUAAUUCGGGUUUCAAAAAUUUUUUGAAUUCAUGAGUAAUUUUGAACCCGACCUGCUGUAUUACUUGCAUUCAGGGUUUCGAAACUGCAAGCCGUAUAUUUUCCGUGUACGGAAAACCAUGCAUUUCUCUACCGUAUUAAGAGGAGACCAUAUGGGGUUCAUAAAAUUAAGCAGUGGAUUUGAGCAAUAUUGAUAACAUUACAAGCCACAUUCGUAAAUGCUAGUUACUACCCAGACCGGUGUAACUGUAUAUGAUACUGCCCACAGCGGGUCGCUUAAAAAACCGUCCUUAUUUUCCACCGCCCGGAUUGUGUCCUUGGAAGUGCUUAUUUAACCUAGUCAGUGCCAAGCUACUGGGCAGAUAACGCGAUGAAUUGUCGUCCAACAGCUGGUUUUCGCCACGGGGUCUUACGCAGUCCACAAAAGCGAUACGAUACGCAACCCACGACAAUGAAUUUCUAGAUUUUCUUUGGCUUAUCAGAAAGGAAGAGGUUCUCUCGUAAAUCUCCGGCGGCAGGCACUCCAAUAAUGCGUUGAGUUCGAAAAUCGGGCAGUGGCCAGUGGAGAACCGUAGUUGCCUUCUCUGGACUGUGAAUGCGAGAGUGAGCAAGGAAGUCUAUGAAUGGAAUUGUGGAUGGCGGACCCAUUGAGGGGGAGAAAAACAUGUUCAGUUCAGUUCAGUUUUAUUGAGGGAAAUAUAGGUGUUGAACCUUUGAACUCCCUAUUUGUUACAAGGAGGCGAACAAUAAAAAGAAAUUUGGAAAUGGAAACAUCAAACGGCUACAGAGUUUCUUCAGAUUGGCAACGUUUUGUAAGCCAGACAGAUAAACGAAUUGUUCCAAGAGUUAAAAACAUUAACGUUACUAAAUGUGCUGUACAGUAGUCUGUCUAGGGAUAGUUGGUGCUAUCUCAGUUUCGGAGGGAGACGAAUUAAAUGCUAACACACAUUCAACAGACAUGGGACAAUAUUAAAAAACAAACGUUACUGAAAUACAGAAAGUAAUAUAACAGCAUUAAUAAACUGUUCGAACGAAAUGCAAGACUAUCGGUCAGGUGGCAUUAUGACGAUUGGUGGCAAUCUGGUCCAAGUUGCGCUUAAAAGCCUCGACGGAGGUGGACAUGACGACAUCUGCAGGCAGAGCAUUCCAGGCCUCGAUCACUCUGUUUGAAAAGAAGAACUUCCGAGUGUCCAGCUUGGCGCCAGUUACGCGUCAUGGUUCAGCUACUGCAAAAUCUGGUAACAUUUAUGUCCUUUUCUCCUCACUAAUUGAUAAGGUGGCUGCAAACAUUUCACGCGUUCUAUGUGAGGCCCGCGUUACAAAAUCUAGAGGGUUCUGGCUUUUAACGUACCGAUAAUUGCUGACGGUCCUGACUGUGACUUGGUCACCGAUUCCUGUAUAACCUUAAUUUGUAGUUCCUGUGUCCAUAUGACGGCAAUACUCGAAGAACUAAUUACUUGCACAUCUUUCGAGCUCUCUCAUGAACUACAACUUUUUCGGGUAUUGCCAUAGAGCCUUAUACGCUGUGGUAGUUCAAUGUGACGUUUGGUUGAGCCAUCGUCCGAUAGUCGCGAUUUGCAAUAUGGCCCCUAACCCAAACCACGAUCUUAAUCGAGCCGAGAGAGUACUCACUGUUCCAUGGCUCGAAACACGAGAUCCCGGAUUGUUAUAUUCCUAGAGACUGCCGGCUGCACUGAUAGUAUCGAAAUACAUAUCCACACUAACAUCAAUCUCUUCCAUGUGUUUAGUUCCUUUGGGUCCUCAUAUUGUGUUGGCGAGGAGUGUGGAACUGUGGUAAUGCCCAUUCAAACUUCAAUUUGUUCUGCUGGGAUGGCAGUACACCCUGUCCGUUUUGUCUCAAGUCAAUCAGUAAAGGGGAAGUAAUUUUAAUUCUUUAAGUGACACCGGGCCACCAGAAAACGAGCUUACGAUAGGAUUUACUGACUCGGAUACCUAGAGCUAGGGGAUAUGUUUGAAGCUGUUACAUCUAUGUCACAUUUUAAAAGUGUUGUCGGUUAGUAAUAUUCUUUCGCGCUCUCUCUCUCGCUCCUCAGACACCAACUGGAUGCCUUGGAAAGGCAGCUUAACCGCCUGAAGGACGACAUCGCCCUGAAAGAACGAAGUUUACAGCUGGAUAGCGACUGUCUCGAACUGCGUCGCGAGAGAAUGGGCGGGAGCGGGAAACUGGAGGACAAGAAGCUGGACUGCAAGAAGUUGCUGGCGGAGCAAGCUACUGGUGAUGAGAUUGUCUGCAAGGAGAAGGAGGUCGAGAGUGUUCCAACCUAUUCUCUCCUCGAUAAGAAGGCCGCAGCCUGCGCCGGCAUAAGUCCUCGUUCGGAAUGCGCCACCCAGUGCGUCUGA